GCUGUGCCGAGCUAUAAACAAACACUAGUUUCGGAUUGAUUCUGUGUAGUUCCUUGAUUCAUAAUUAAUUUGACGUUUAAUAAUUUGUUUUCAAUAAAAAUGCCCUUUUUAGUGACGUAGUACGUUAUAUCGUGGCUUAAAACUGUUUAAUAUUAAUAAAACAUGUCUGGAUUCUACGGAAUUGAUUCCAGUCGCGAAGUGAUCCGGGUUUCUGUAAAGAAAUAUGAGGGCAAGAUGCAGCCUGAACAGAAGAAGUUCUCCAUUGACCCCCAGAUCACGUCCUUCGAGAUGCUACAGAACCUGCUGGCCAAGGCCUUUGACAUCAAGAAUGACUUCACCAUAAGCUACCUGUCCCAGGACGGUUCCCAGGACGUGUAUCUCAGCAUGCUGUCAGACUGGGACAUGGAUGCCGCCUUUCAGAACGCCUCCGACCCUUGCCUCAAACUGAAAGUGGACCUGAAACCCUUCGAUGAAGCCUUAGAAGACUGGGACAUCAUAGCUCCAGUAGAGAUUCCACAAUACAGACUGGGCUUUCUCAAUAAGGGGACAUUACUCGGCAACAUCACUGGGCACAUUGCUUCAGGUGUAGAGAAAACUAGGUCACAGAUGCAGAAGGUGAUGGCAGGAAUGAAGUCCCAGGAGGAGCAACUGAUCAAGCCCAUCAAGCCUCCGAUGUCUGAUCUAGAAUUCCGUAACUACAUGGACUCAGAUGGUCAUAUGAUUAAACCGGAAGAAUUCCGUCUCAGCAUUUACCAGGGUGGCGUUGAAAAUGUCCUGCGUCGAGUCGUGUGGCGCCACCUUUUGAACAUUUUCCCGAGCACUCUGUCAGGACGUGAACGAUUUACCUACAUGAAGAGGAAAGAGGGCGAGUAUUUUGAGCUGAGAGACCACUGGCAAAAAUUGAUCCGGGCGGGACAGGUUUCUGAAGAUAUAAGACACGUGGCUUCACUAGUCAAGAAGGACGUUCUGAGAACGGAUCGGGCACAUAAGUAUUACGCAGGAGGGGAUGAAAGUAAAAACCUCCAAGCUUUGUAUAAUUUGCUUGUGACCUAUGCUCUGACACACCCAGAAAUCUCUUAUUGCCAGGGAAUGAGCGAUAUUGCGUCACCGCUUCUUGUAGUCCAGAAGGAAGAAGCACAAGCUUAUCUCUGCUUUUGUGGUCUAAUGAAACGUCUAAGAUCUAAUUUCAUGUAUGACGGAGAGGCUAUCACAACCAAGCUCCAACACUUGUCCUUACUUGUGCAGUUUUACGACCCUGUAUUUCAUUCAUACCUGAGAUCGCACGGGGCCGAAGACCUCUUCUUCUGUUAUCGAUGGCUGCUGUUGGAAAUGAAACGUGAAUUUCCGUUUGAGGAGGCUCUGUACAUGCUGGAAGUCAUGUGGAGCACUCUACCAGCAGACCCGCCUGAACACGAGCUGCCUUUGAAGGAUCCAAACUACUGCCCUUCGCUGUUGGUGUCUGUUUCGCCAAAUUCUCCAUCAUUCAGUGUGAAAACUCAGUAUUCCCGAUUGCUUGCCAAAAGACGGUUGUCGUCGUCACUGGGAAAAGAUGGUUCAAAUAUGUCGGCAUUAAGGUCACCAAAGUCUCCAAAAUCAACUGAACUUGUUAUGCAAAAUGGUUUGGAUCAUACACUACAGACUGUUGGAGAAAUGGAAGAGAGUUCAAAAGACAAGUCAUGUGAAACACUGCCUCAACCUGCAACAAUAUUAAAUGCCUCCUCUCAAAAAGAGAAUGAAGUCAGUGAUACAGAAAGUGUUCCCAAUAUCACAUCAGAUGCCAUAAACGAGACGUGUUCAUUGACAGAAGAAAAUAGUUCUUCAAAAGAAACUAGUCCUACUUCUGAAGAGAAAACAUCAAAGCAAAGUAGUUCCAAUUGUGACACAAGUAGUUCCAGUGAAACUUCGUGUGAUUUCCACAGCACUGUCGUAUCGGUUAGCUCUUCAGUGGUUAAUUUGUCUGAAGAAAUUAUAAGCACAAGCAAUUCUUCGUUUAUGUCUGCUUCACAUUCCAGGGAGAGAUUUCCAAGUCUUAUCGUGUCAAGUUGCGACAGCAGAAACGCUAUCCUGGACUUUGAAACAGAGAUCAUAUCUUCAUCAGAAGGUAAUACUUUAGUUGAACAUGCAAACGAUUUUGAUUCCAUUAUUGAAACAUGCGAAGCAGUAAACUACAGAGGAGAGCACAGACGGAGAUCUGUAUCUGACAACCAGCUUCUUAAUGGUGAUAUGAAUGAGGAUCAGGCUCAGUUUCAUUUAUCUCUUGAAGAGACUGAAUCAGAGUCCCUGAAAGCUUCUGCAAACAUGCCCCAGAUUAAGGGGUCGUUUUUCAGCGGGAUGCGCCGUUUGUUGUUGUCACCAAAACGACGGCCCGGUAUUGGGCAAUCAGUGCUGGUCACGCAAAAUGGCAACAAAAUGAACGGCAAUAAUGUCAAUAUAAUGACGCGGAGUGACAUGACAGGUUUAAAAUCUGUAAGAAGUAAACAUGAUCAUGACACAGAACAUACCUUGUUUGAGGUGAAUAAGACAAUGAGAGGACAAAGUGCCAAUUCUGACAGUGGUAAUUGUUCAUUGGCAUCGUCCAUUAACUCUCUGCACAUUAACUCCAACAAGGCACCAAGUGCUGUAAAAAGUGGUGGGAAAGUUGGGAUGGCUGCUUUGCAUACAACCAACAUGCCAAUUGAUAUUUUAUCUGAAGAGGAACAGAAAUUCUUCGAUGCUAAGCAUGCAGAAGCCAUGGUAGAAGUGCAAAAACUUGAAAACUUGGAAAGUGAAACUAAAUGUCUGAACGAAAAACAGCCAUCAUUCUGUGAAAAUCAUUUUGCAAUUGCGAACAAUGUCUCACCUGUUAGGACAGACGCAAUUGAUGAUUAUUCUACGCAGGAUGUGAUAAGUGAUUGCAUGGAGGUGAUUGACUCAGAAAGCCAGUCCAUCUCGCGAUUUAAACAACUCCCUUCCCCGGAAGUGUUUGGCUACGGAAACCCAUUCCUAAUGUUCAUCUGUCUCACUCUGCUUGAGCAACACCGGGAUGCGAUCAUUGGUGCGGGAAUGGAAUAUGACGAGUUGGCGAUGUUUUUUGACAAACGCGUACGAAAGCAUGACGUUCACAAGGUGCUCCAUCACACACGCGAUCGUUAUAACGAGUAUCUACAUAUGCAGCAGAAGAUUAGGAUGGAGAAAGAAGACUUGCCGGGAUUUAGUGUGUAGCUUUUAGAGCAUGAGCCGGGUUCAGGGAAAACUGGGCUUUAUGCAUCUGUGUAAAGUGUCAUCACAGAUUAGCCUGUGCAGUCCGCACAUGCUAAUCAGUGAUGACACUUUCUGCUCGUAUAGAAUUUUUCAUAUAAGGAUUCUCUGCUAACCAAAAAUCCAGUUUGGAUGGAAAGUGUUUUCCCUGAUUAGCUUGUGCUUAAAGCCCAGACUUCCCAAAACAAGACUCAUAGUUGAAGGGACGUGUUCAAAGAGUUUUGUUAUUUUUGAAAAAUGCCAUAAUUCUUUUUAGUAUAAAUGAAGAACAAAUACAUAUUUAAGAAUUUGUCCUAGUCUAUAAAUAACACCUUCCUAAAUGUAUUAUUGCCAUAAUAAAACAUGAGUCUAUAACUUCUUUACCAUUGAGGCUUAUGUUUAUGGAAGUAAAUUGUUCAUGCUAUGUUAAGAAAUACAAAUUUGUCCAAAGUAAAAUGAUUAAAUAUAAUUAUUUUACCAAUUUCAAAUAAUGAUUUUUUGUUCAAAUCCAAAUUAUUUCUUUGUAACUAGUUUUUAGCUCGGCUGUUUUAGGAGAAAACCCGAGGUAUUGUCAUAGCCAGCUCGUAGUGUUGUGUCCGUCGUCGUGUCCACCGUCCGCGUCAUGCUAAAACCUUAACAUUUUGUUAAGGUUUUGAACUUUGGCUCUAAAAUCGAAGUGCUUCAAUCUACAACUUUGAAACUUCAUAUGUAGCUGCACCUUGAUUAGUUCUACAUGCCACACCCAUUUUUUGGGUCACUAGGUCAAAGGUCAAGGUCACUGUGACCUCUUAAAAAAAAAAAAAAUCUGACAAGCUUUCAUCUAUUCAAAACUGCACCUGCAGCCGAGCGUGGCACCCGUUAUGCGGUGCUCUUGUUUUUGCUUGCUUUUAUCAAAUUUUAUUUUAUAUUGGCUAUCAACAAUACAAAUUUUGAAAAGUAUUUUAAAGUGUCAAUCGUUGAACAAUUUUCUUUGAUUAAUUGAAGAAUGGGUGAUAAGUUUGUGUUUUUUCAAGUCUUUUUUUAGCUCAUCUAUUUAAAAAAAAAAAAAUUAUGAGCUAUUGUCAUCACCUUGGCGUCGGCGUUGGCGUCCGGUUAAGUUUUGCAUUCAAACUUGGUACACUUACUUACUAUCAUGAGGGGACUGGGCAGGCAAAGUUAGAUAACUCUGGCGUGCAUUUUGACAGAAUUAUGUGCCCUUUUUAUACUUAGAAAAUUGAAAAUUUUGGUUAAGUUUUGUGUUUAGGUCCAUUUUAUUCCUUAAGUAUCAAAGCUAUUGCUUUCAUACUUGCAACACUUACUAACUAUCAUAAGGGGACUGUGCAGGCAAAGUUAUGUAAAUCUGACUGGCAUUUUGACAGAAUUAUGUGCCCUUUUUAUACUUAGAAAAUUGAAAAUUUGGUUAAGUUUUGUGUUUAGGUCCACUUUAUUCCUACAGUAUCAAAGCUAUUGCUUUCAUACUUGCAACACUUAUCAACUAUCAUAAGGGGACUGUGCAGGCAAAGUUAUGUAACUCUGACUGGCAUUUGGACGGAAUAAUGGGUCCUUUAUACUUAGAAAAUUGAAAAUUUGGUUAAGUUUUGUGUUUUGGUCCACUUUACCCCUAAAGUAUCAUAGAUAUUGCUUUCAUACUUUGAACACUCGCAAACUAUCAUAAGGGGACAGUAAAAGGACAAGUUGCAUAACUCUGGUUGUCAUUUUUACGGAAUUAUGGCCCUUUUUUGACUUAGUAACUUUGAAUAUAUGGUUAAAUUUUGUGUUUCGAUCCACUUUACUUCUAAAGUAUCAAGGCUUUUGCUUUCAAACUUCCAAUACUUUCAUGCUAUCAUGAGGUUACUGUACCUGGCAAGUUGAAUUUUACCUUGACCUUUGAAUGACCUUGACUCUCAAGGUAAAGUUAUUAAAUUUUGCUAAAAUUGCCAUAACUUCUUUAUUUAUGAUUAGAUUUGAUUGAUACUUUGACAAAACUACUCUUACCUGACAUACCACAAUAGACUCCACCCAAACCAUCCCCCGUGCCCUUUAAGAUCAUCUCACAAAUGACCACCACACCCUCACACUAUUAUACCCCCCCCCCACCCCACCCCCCAAAUUGUUUUUUUUUGGAACGGUUAAAAAACACAGAUAUUUAUUUUUAUUAUUUUAUUUUUGAAAUUCCGUCCAACCAUCGCACCCAAGAAUCCCCUCCCCCCCACCCCACCCCCCCUCCAAUUUUAUUUUUUUAUUUUUUAUUUUUUUUUAAGAUCAUCUCACAAAUGACCACCACACCCUCACACUAUUAUACCCCCCCCACCCCCCAAAUAAUUUUUUUAAAACGGUUAAAAAACACAAAUAUUUAUUUUUAUUAUUUUAUUUUUGAAAUACCGUCCAACCAUUGCACCCAAGAAUCCCCCCCCCCCCUCCCCCCUGAAAUUUUUUUUGCAUUUUUUCUUACGCAUUUUUUGGAAGAUAAUGUAAUAAAUGUCCACACCCCCACACUAUACACCCCUCGUCACUCCACCUCUCCCUCCUUUGUGAUUUAAAUUGAGAGUCCCUUAAUAGAUGAGCGGUCUGCACCCGCAAGGCGGUGCUCUUGUUUUUCUUAAAAUCAUUAUAUAUUACUGAAUUCCUGAUGAAAUAGCUCCAUACUUUGUAAGAGAUUCUAUGUGCUGGGAUAUUAAAUUUCUUAUACAUCAUAUUUUGUAUUGUAUUACCAUAAUACCAAACAGUCUUGAUAUUGUAAGUUUUUUCUCCAUACACUACACAUAAUUUUACUUCUACCUUCAAUCAGUUGAUUGUGCAUUUAAGAAAUUAUUUGUUCUGACUAAAUAAAAAAAUAAAUAAAAAAAAGUGUGCUAGAUUCCAGAUUAAAAGAACGGUGUCAUUUUUGCAUUUACUUUCAUUUACAUUCCAGUUGUUAAUUAUGGACCUUAAAUUUACAUUUAAUACUUAAUUAAUUGUCAUCACUCUGAUAUGGCUUUGUUGUAAUUAAUUGUUCAUAUAAUAUGUGUCUUAUAUGUACAUGAUUGAAGUUAUUCCAGUAUAAUGUUGACAAUUAAGAAAUAGACCGCCUCUCUGACGGUUUUAUAACAUCUCCAUUGUAUAUGGAUGGAAGUUAACGCAAUCACACUAAAUAGUUAAUUUCACUACAGAUUUUAUGGUUAAACAAAAUACACGUAUGUGUUCAAAUGAUUAUUAAGAUGAUUUCUUUUUUAUUCAAAAUGUAGACUAUAACCAACAUGUUGAUAGAUGUCAAUUGUCAAUAAUAAACCUGCUUAACUUAUUGCAACUACAAUUUUGCUUCUACUGCUUGGCAUGUUAUGUUCUUCAAAGUAUGAUGUAAUGUGGGUUGAACACCUUGUAAAUAUAUAAUAUAUAGAAUACAUGUAUUAGAGAAUCGAAGGAAUUGCCUGUGGAUCUAUACUUUUUAUGUCCCCCACUAUAGUAGUGGGGGACAUAUUGUUUUUGCCCUGUCUGUUGGUCUGUCUGUCUGUUGGUCUGUCUGUGCCAACUUUAACAUUUUGCAAUAACUUUUGCUAUAUUGAAGAUAGCAACUUCUAUUUGGCAUGCAUGUGUAUCUCAUGAAGCUGCACAUUUUGAGUGGUGCAAGGUCAAGGUCAUCCUUCAAGGUCAGAGGUCAAAUAUAUAUGGCCAAAAUCGCUCAUUUUAUGAAUACUUUUGCAAUAUUGAAGAUAGCAACUUGAUAUUUGGCAUGCAUGUGUAUCUCAUGGAGCUGCACAUUUUGAGUGGUGAAAGGUCAAGGUCAUCCUUUAAGUUCAGAGGUCAAAUAUAUGUGGCCCAAAUCGCUUAUUUUAUAAAUACUUUUGCAAUAUUGAAGAUAGCAACUUGAUAUUUGGCAUGCAUGUGCAUCUCAUGGAGCUGCACAUUUUGAGUGGUGAAAGGUCAAGGUCAAGGUCAUCCUUCAAGGUCAGAGGUCAAAUAUAUGUGGCCCAAAUCGCUUAUUUUAUGAAUACUUUUGCACUAUUGAAUAUAGCAACUUGAUAUUUGGCAUGCAUGUGUAUCUCAUGGAGCUGCACAUUUUGAGUGGUGAAAGGUCAAGGUCAAGGUCAUCCUUCACAAGGUCAGGGUCAUCCUUCAAAGUCAAGCGUCAUAUAGGGGGACAUUGUGUUUCACAAACGCAUCUUGUUAAAAAAUGUUUUUGCUAGUGUCAUAUUCAUGUUGCAAAUUGUGCAUAGUGCGUAUUACUUAUACUCGUGUUUUGUGACAAACAUCAGCCACUGUAGUGGCAUAAUGCACAACAUAUAUCCCGUCAAAACAUGGUCAAUAUGUUAAUAUCCAAUCAAAACAUAGUUUAUAUGUUAAUAUCCUGUCAAAACAUGGUCUAUAUGUUAAUAUCCCAUCAAGACAGUGAUAUUUUUACAAAGUUUCUACUCUGAGUCAUGGGACUCAAUAACUUGCAAAUCUAUGAAUCCCAAAAUUGGAAGAAUGAGUCCAAAUAUUAAACUACAUUAUUUUUUGAGAAUUUUCAAGGCAUGUUUGGGACUCACAUAAUUCAGAACUUUGCAUCCCCAGAGGUUCUAAUGGGUUCAUGAAGCAGGACUCGCAGGUAAAAAAAAUACUGUCAAAACAUUGUCUUUAUGUUAAUAUCCCAUCAAGACAUGGUCUAUAUGUAAAUAUCCCAUCAAAACAUUGUCUAUAUUAUCUCAUCAAAACAUUGCCUAUAUGUGAAUGUUCCAUCAUUAAAUGUGCAUAGUUUAAAUAAACCUUCAUGUUAAUAAAUCUUUGCUUUAUUUGAGCAUUGCUGAAGUUUUCAUGAGCUGUAAAAUUAAGUCAUUUUGUUUAUUUUCUUGACCUCUUUUAUGUUUGUCUUUUUCUUGUAAUAAACAUAAUAAACAAUGUUUUUAUCUAAAGCAAUGUUUAGGUGUAAGAUAACUACAUUUAUUACAUCCUUGCAAACGUUAUAUACAUAAACAGUUAAGGUAUAUCCCCCUUGAAUUAUUAGAGUCAUUUUCAGUCAAUUAGUUAGUUAUUUAAUUGGUCAGUUUAUGUUCCAUAAAAAGUUUAUGGAAUGUGUUUAUUACAUAUUUUAGAAAUGAUUAAUUGAGCCGCGUUGUGAGAAAACUGGGCAUAAUGCAUGUGCGUAAAGUGUCAUCCCAGAUUAGCCUGUGCAGUCCGCACAGGCUAAUCAGGGACGACACUUUCCGCCUAAACUUGAUUUUCGGCAAGGAGGGACUUCCUUGAAACUAAAAAUACCAUAAAAGCGAAAAGUGUUGUCCCUGAUCAAAAUCCAUUACCAAACUUCAAUACAGUGAUAAAAAAGAAGAAACUUGAAAUUUGAUUUUGAAAUUAAACGUUUUAAUGUACCCUGUCUAUCACCACUUAAUCUUUUCUUCUUUUUUUUUUAUUCAAUAUAAGACAUACAAUGUAUACAUGUAUAUGAUCGUAUAAACAAAGUGAUGCUAUGUAGCAGCAAUAAUGUUCAGACAUGUUAUACAAGAUAUGCUGAUAUAUAUUUUUUGACUUUUGUGAUUUCCUUUUGAUUAAAGAAAAACGUUUUUAAAAGAAAAGAAGAAAAGAAAAAAAAACAACAGAAUAGUUAUGAAUAAGGAUGAGUUGCAUAAAGAUGGUAGAGGGUAUACUGGACUUGUUUAUGAAAGCUUAAUGUGUUUCCACUUUUGUUUAAAUAUAUGAAGUGUAUCAUUGUUUAGGGCUAUUUCUUUUUCAAUUUGGAUCUUCAGUUUUAAAUAUUUAUUAAAACAGUUCAUUGUGGGUAUUUGUUUUCUGUAUUUCAUUUUUUUUUAUUCAAUAUAAAACAUACAAUGUAAAUAUGUGCAUAAGCAAGAACAAAAGUGGUAUAAUACAACAGUAAUAAUGUCAAACAUAUAUUAUACAUGAUAUGCUAGGAUAUACUUUUUUUUUUUGCUUUGGUUGCAUGUGGUGUAUGCUGUUAUUUUUUAAUGUAAUAAUCAAUCCUAUAGAUGAUUUGCGUAGAGUUAGGUAGAAGAAUCUUUGUCAAACAUUUGAAUAGAUGGCAUAUGUCAACAUUUGUUGUUCGGUGCAUCAUGGUUUACAUAGAAAUCUAUUUACUGGGGACUAAUUUUUAUUUUCCCUAGCCUAUACUGGGGGACAUAUUGUUUUUGCACUGUCUGUUGGUUUGUUGGUUUGCGUCAAACUUUAACAUUUGCCAUAACUUUUGCAAUAUUGAAGAUAGCAACUUCAUAUUUGGCAUGCAUGUAUAUCUCAUGGAGCUGCACAUUUUGAGUGGUGAAAGGUCAAGGUCAUCCUUCAAGGUCAAAUGUAAAAUAUAUGGGCCAAAAUCACUCAUUUAAUAUACACUAUAACUUCGUAACAACUUCUCAUAUGCAUAUGUAAUUCAUAUAGCUAAUCAUUUUGAAUAGUGAAUUGGAUGGUGAAAGGUCAAGGUCAUCCUUCAAGGUCAAAAGUCAAAUAUAUGGGGGGACAUAGUGUUUCACAAACACAUCUUGUUUAUAUUAUAUUUGCUUGAAUCCAUGUAGUAACUGGACAUAUGAAGCUAAAAUUAGGCACAUCUUUAUUAGAAGUAUGCUGCCUUAUGACAGUGCUGUAAUUAUUGAACUGUAUUUCAUAGACUUUUUUUAUUACUAUUGUAUCUUUAGAUUGAUAAUUUACAAAAGUUAUCACCUUGCCCUUGAACACAGCAUUAUAGCUCCAAAGGUCAUGAAACGAUGAAAUGCAGGAAAUGGUAUUCAGUUCUUUAAUAUUAUAUGACUUUAUUGAAAACUGUCUUUUGGAAACCACUGUUCGGAUUUUGAAAUAAUUUUAUAUAAAUAUUUUGUAUUCUUGACCAAAAAAUGUAGAAGUAUUUUGAUUUACAUGAUUUUUGUUAAGUUUGUGUGAUUUUAUUUUAUUUUGAUCUCUAGACAUAUGCAGUGUGAUAAAAUAUAUAUGUCAUAAAAGUACAUAUUAUAUAGUUUGAUGAUUUAGAUCUUUUGAUUGUUAGAUACAGAGAGUUUAGUUUUGUUUACCUAUUCAUUAAUGAUGAAUUUGGGCAGUUUAAUAGAAGAUCAUAUACAUUUGUAUUUGGAGAACACUUAUACAGAUCGAAAAAAUAUGAAAGAUGUGUUCAAACUAUGUAAAUAUUUUGCAUGCUGAUAUAUAAUUGUCAUAUGAUGACUAAAUUUUGCGUGUGUUAAAAAAAAUUAACCUGACUUUGGUCAAGCAUGAAUAUAUUACAAUACAUUUACAUUCAAUAUAGUUGUGAAAUAAUGUAAGCCCUUUGUUUAUGCAAGUAAGAGUUGGAAAAAGUAUUUAAAUUUUGAAAACAGUGAUAUUAUUGUUACAUGAUGGGUGGUUACAUUCGUGUCCGUUAAUUUGCUGUAAUUGUCUUCUUGAAUAUAGUUGCAUAUGAAUUCUAUAAUUCCAUGUUGACUUUGAACCAUUGAUAUUAUUUAAUUAUUUCACGUCUUUCACUUUUUUGUUGUGUAUCCUGGACUUGUUACUUUUGCCAUGUUUUCUGUUGUUGACUUCAACAUUGUGCACUUUGUUUGACAAUAAAAAAAUUACUAUGCUCAAAGUAAGUCCCAUGUAAAAAUAUUCAUAAUUUAUUUCAUGUAUCAAUUGAUUUUGCUAUAACUGCUCUUAUAUCAAUAAAUGUUAGAUAUUGGUUCGUUAUUUGAUCAUAUUGUCAAUGGCUUUUUGAUGUACCAAAUUCAUUUUCAAUAUUCCAAAGUUCAGUGUAUAAGUAAAGAUUUUUGAAGUUAUAAUAACCAUUUUACUGAUUUGGUUGUGUUCAAGAUUUGCUAUUUUAUUUAAGUUUUAUCAAUAAUGCUUUAAAUGCUUUUAUUUAAAUAAUAUACUUUUCCGAAUUUUCUUUUUUUCAAAAUGACACUAUAAUGUCAAUUUCACGGGUUUAAGUGAUACAUGUGUAUUAUGCGAUAUUCUUGCAAUGUUGAACAAAAGUUCUUGUUUGUGCAUGUGAAACUGUCUAGGUUUAAAGUAAUACUCUUAGCAUAGUUUUGUUUUAGUAUAACAAAAUGAAGUUGAGUGUUUUAUCAUUUUCAUGUAAUAUUGUUGAUAUUUGUCACUAUUCCAAAUUGUCCUCACAUGGGGUCGUUGAGGAAGUCUAUGACAUUUAUUUCAGCAAUUUUUUAUACUGUUAAUUUUGAUGAAAUGGGAAGCUUUGUAUUACAUGCAUAAAUGGAUGAAAGUGAAUUAUAUCUGUUCACUGGUAUUAAGGGUUGCAAUUAAAGCCAUUAGGAUUGUAUUUAUGAUACCCGGUAGUUACAAUUAGAUAGAUUUCAUGGGGCUGUAAGAAAGAAAAACAAAGUGGUAUAUUAUACUAUUUUAUCAUUUUGGGAUCAACUGCAUUUUCCUAGCGUCUAUUUUGUUUCAAGAUUAUAGUAUAUUGCUAUGUUAGCAUAUAAAUGUACAUGUAGUUAAAGUGACUUUAUUUGUGUUGGGGUCUGUCCUGCAUUAUUGGUCAUAUGAUGUGCAAUAAACAUGUGGCAUUUC